UUGCAUGCUGUGUCAGGCGCUGGGAUCGACACCGUCUCAAGUGGAGGUGACACUAGUGACUGGAAGAAGAGAGGAGACUGUGAGAGAGAGGCUCACGAGGGCUUCGGAUCACAUCAGUCUGGACCAGCUGAGGAAGAUAUGUGUGGUGUGUGUGAGUGACCCGGACAGAGUGGCAGUAAGACCAGUCGGCCCCACAGCAGUGGUCUGCUGGGCUCUGCUG